ACAUGAUGCCAUGGCAGUGCAGCGCCCCGAGCAGCCUCAUGCUGUACAUGUCCCAUGGCUCCAUGGACAAGCUGCAGCAGCAGCUGUGCAAGGGUGAGUUCGCCAUGUUCACAAGCAUUCCCCUGUUUGAGAGCAACUUCAACCAGAUCAGUAAAAGAGAAGUGAUUGAUGUGCUCAACUGUGUGCAAAUGGUCACUGUGGGCAUCGUGCACACCAGCCCCAACCUCAAAAUACCUGACGUUUUGCUGCUGGGUGAUGCAGUCGGUGCCAAAUAUGACCGACACACCCAGGGAAGGGGACUCAAGUCAGUGACGAGCUUGGAGCUGACCAGGCUGCUUCCUUUGAAGAUUAUAAUGUCCAUCUACAGUCAUGAGAAAAAAAAAGCUCCACUUGAAGCUCGCCACUGGCCACUCUUUUUAGCUACAAUUAUGCCCCCUUCAGAUGCAAUAGAAGAUGUGUUUGCACACUGGGAAGACCUGAUGUUCUUCCUGAGACUGCCAGUGGAGGCUUAUAGUGGCACCCAUGCCAUACCAGCUUGGGAUAGGAUGGAAAUACCUGUGCUGGAGGCAGAGGACAGGAAGAGCCCAGCAGUAAGGUUUUGCAUACUCAGAGAGCAACUGAAGGCUCUCGGGCUGCUCUCCUGGGCUGCCCGGAUAAACACUCAUGUGGAAGGGCUCAAACCAGAUGAGCUACUAUGUGGAGGCCUUGUCACAUUGAGGAGGCCCUAUGUGCUUCUGAAUAUCCGAGGUUCCUUAGAUGUCAGCUCCUCUAACCAUAUACCUGAUGCUGUUAUGCUGUCAACAGCAUCCUAGCAUCCUAUUUGUUCUGGAACACUUACAAACUACAGUGGACUCAGGCAGUCUGAUCUGCUGUAGGGCAUUUUUAACUUUGAGAAAACCCUUUCUUUAUUUGAGCCAUAAACUAA